AUGUCUGUAAUGUUUUGUUGUUUAAAAAAUUGCUUUGACGGAAUGGGAUUUACAGAGCAAUAUGCUCUCAGAAGGGAUCCAAAUCCUGUUGUUUUGGAUACAGCUUACAUGGGUCAUGAAGUUGUUAUUGUAAAAAAUGGUUUAAGAAUGUGUGGGAGUGGAGGAUGUUUAGCCAGUGCUCCUUUGGUACAAAAUAAGUCAUAUUUUGAAGUUAAACUUCAACAAGGUGGGGUUUGGGGUUGUGGUGUUGCCAGUAGAUCAGCUGAUGUCAAUGCAGCUCCAGGUGGUCAUGACAGUGAAUCUUGGGUUUUGUGUUCAGAUUUAUGUAUUAGGCAUAAUCAAAGUAGUAUAUACAAAGUUAAUAAUCAAAUUCAAGAAGGAGAUAUAAUUGGAAUUUGGUAUGAUCAUCUGGAAUUAAAUUUUUCAAUUAAUGGAAAACCAUUGGAAUGUCCGGUUACUGGAAUCAAGGGAACAGUAUAUCCUUGCUUAUAUGUUGAUGAUGGAGCUAUUUUAGAUAUAAUUGUUGACAACUUUUGUUACCAACCGCCAAGUGGCUUUGAUAAAAUAAUGAUAGAGCAAUCGUUACUUUAA